AUGUUGCGAGUGUUAGUAAUGGGAGGUGCAAGGCUGGACAUUCCGGAAGAGCACAAUCUGAAGACACCUCUGCAUGCAGCUAUUGAGAACGGGUCGUGGUGCCUUGUCAGAACUUUGUUACAUCUGAGAUCUCCGGUGAACACAUUCGAUGCGAAAAAGAAAACGCCGUUGCAUUACGCGAUCGAAUGCAAGGAUCCGAACGCGAUACGUGCGAUAUAUUUGUUGUUGGAAUUUGGUGCGGAUGUGAAUGAGGUUUUGAAGACGAUUCGUGAUCCGAGAUUAACUCAAAAACUUGAACAGCAUCAACACAAACUAGCCGAGGCGUUGGAUGAGGCUCGUAUGAAAACGUUUAUGUAA